GAUGGGAUGGUCGACCGUGGAAAAUGAUUGUGAUUGCCAGCGCUCACCGAAAGCGACCCGUCAUGUCGACCAAAUUUCUCAAUCCAUGGUUUCCAACGCAGAUCUCGGUAAUCGUGCGCAAUGAACCUCCCUACAGCAUUCAUAGACCGAAUGAGACAGGUACAGAGUGGUCCGGCAUUGAACGCACCAUUGUGGAACUGCUCGCUUACAAACUCAACUUCACGUUCACAAUUAAGUUUGUGGCUGAAAACGAAGGAACUAACCCCUUGAAGGAGGCUGUUGCGAGUUUGGGCGCAGAGAUUGCAUCCGGUGGAGUUUUUUUCUCUAGGGAGACGCACGACCUUGCCACCACGGUGCCCUAUACUCAGGACUGUGCCGUUUUUCUCACACGAGCAUCGACCGCAUUGUCACGCCACAGAGCUAUUUUGGGACCGUUUCAGUUGGUAGUUUGGAUUAUCCUGACACUGGUCUACAUUUUCCUAUCGAUGGCUUCGGCAGCCAGCCCCCAUGCAAAAGGGCGGCCGAGGGCGUCUCAAACGCGUCUGGACGCCUUCUGGCUGGUUUUCGGCACGUUUACAAACGCCUUCUUCGUGCGCGGCCGCGUGUGGAGCGACCGCAUCAGCGUCAGGAUAUUGCUCACCUUUUACUGGAUCUUUACGGUCAUCAUCACGGCCGCGUACACGUCGUCAAUUAUCGCCUUCGUCACGAUGCCCGUCUUCCCCAGCACCGUCGAGUCGGCUGAAGAAAUCCUGAACAUCAAAGGCUUUCGCUGGGGCACCCUGGGAAGCUCUGGCUGGGAGAAGUGGCUGCAGGACGCGGAAGAUCCUGUCUCGAGACACAUCCAGGCGGGGUUUGAAUGGCUGCCCAAGGUCGAGGACGGAAUCAGGAACGUCAGCAAAUCAGCCCGUUACGCGUUUCUGGGGUCCCGCGAGCGCCUGCAGUACGAAAGCAGCGACGAGCUUAAGGGCAUCCUGUCGGGCAAAAAGGCCCUGCACCUGGGCACGCAGUGCUUCCUGCCGCUGCUGCCCUCGUUCCUCACCACCCCCGCCAUCCGGCCGGCCAUCGACCCUUGGAUCCACCUCUUAUCGCAGUUUGGCUUCAUCGCGAAGGCGGAGCAAGAUAUCUCGUAUCAGGAGCACCGCCGCCGUCUCAGGAACACAGCCACAGGCACCAUUCGCGUUGAGUACACAAAAAAGAUGCCUCACGAGCGCAGGCUGAGCGUGGAGGAUGUCACUGGCACAUUUUUCAUCCUUGGAGCAGGAGUGAUCAUGGGUUUCACUUCCUUGGCGUGCGAAAGGGUGAUUUACUGGUUCAAGGUGAACCAGAUCGCGGCUCGUAUCAGCAGCUCAGUGAACAAGGCGCGACGCAAGGUGUCGGUGUUGUCAGGCUCCAACAGCUGCAAGUCUUCGCAGCUCUCCCUGAGACUGCGUUCAGGCAGAAUUUGGUCAAAAGGUGCCAGAGGCUCUACCCUGGGUUCGAUGCUUGAGAUGGUGCCUGAGAAGGGAGCACAAUUUACACCAAAUUCACCAGAUCGGGACGUGCGGCAUGUGAUUGAAGAAGAUGAGGAAAUGGGGAUUGAUGGCAGGACUGAAGGCACAACUCUAGGCAGAACUCAUUCGCAAUCCGACGAAGAAAUGGUACAACAGCAGCAGGUGGAACGGGAACAAGCUGAAAAACAGCUCUCCGAAAUAAGCAGCCAAUCACCCCCUUCAACUAAGUAGAAUUUAA